AUGGUUGCUCAAGCUCAAGCUAUUUCCGUGUCUCUCAACGACCUCAAGGAUGGCAACAUCUCAUUCGAGACUCUUAAGCAAGCCUUUGGUCCAGACUCUCUUGGAAUUCUCGUCGUAAAGGAUGUCCCUCAAGAGUUUCCUGAACUUAGACAUCAGGCUCUUUCCUACGCCUCAUAUCUCGAAAAACUUGAGAAUGCUCGAGCAAAGUACCUGACUGGUUGGUCUCUCGGCAAGGAGACUCUCAAGAACGGUCAGGUCGACACCUUCAAGGGCUCAUACUACGCCAACUGCGCAUUCUACAUCGACCCAUCUCUCGAGUGCGCCAAGCCUACCCAGGAAUUCUCUACCGAUAACUUCCCCGAGUAUCUGUCCCCCAACGUCUGGCCGCCAGAGGAUGUACUUCCAGGCUUCAAGCCCUCCGUGACCUCUCUGUGCCGUCUCAUCAUUGAUGUAGCCGUCCUCGUCGCUCGCGCAUGCGAUCGCUUUGCUCAAGAGGAUAUCCCUGGCUAUCCCGCUGGAUAUCUCGAGCACGUCGUCAGCACGUCCAGUACCACCAAGGCUCGUCUUUUGCACUAUUAUCCUCAAGAGUCUGAGCCAUCUGCUGCUGGUGGCGACGAGGAUGACUGGUGUGCCACACAUCUCGACCACGGGUGUUUGACGGGUCUUACAUCAGCCAUGUUCAUCGACGAGCACAAGACCAGUCCUACUGUACCAGAUGUUACAAAUCUGAACGGUGCUUCUCUACCACCCCUCGAGGAACUUCCCUCAUCACCUGACCCAUCAGCUGGUUUGUACAUCAAGUCUCGCACUGGCGAAACCGUCCAAGUCAAGAUCCCUCGCGACUGCAUCGCAUUCCAGACAGGCGAGGCCCUGGAGCGUAUUACUGCUGGUCGCUUCAAGGCUGUGCCUCACUUCGUUAGAGGUGUACGAGCUAGUGUCAGCGACGGAAAGGUUGCCCGUAACACGUUGGCGGUCUUUACUCAGCCCAACCUGGGAGAAGAGGUUGAUAUUGAGCAACAUCUCACGUUUGGAGAGUUUGCUCGUGGUAUCGUUAACAAGAACACUGUAUCGUAA